AUGAAGAUAAGCCAAGAAAUUGGGAAGGCAAAUGCAUGUAUCGAGUGCCCUCGUGGAUCUCGUAACACUCCGACAGGAGUCCAGGAAGGGGAACCGUUCAGUGAAGAUGCUACACAAUUUACCAAGGAAUUGGUGCUACAGCGUGAGGUGGAGGUUGAGGUGGAAAGCAUGGAUAAAGCUGGUAAUUUUAUUGGCUGGCUACACAUAGAUGGGAUCAACCUUUCUGUCGCUCUUGUGGAGAACUCUCUCUCAAAGGUGCAUUUCACUGCAGAGCGGAGUUCCUACUACAAAGCACUUCUAUCAGUUGAAGAGCCUGCCAAGUUGAAACGGGAAAAGGUCUGGUCUAAUUAUGAGGAACAGCCAGCAGAAGAAGCAGUGCUGCAGGUUGCGGAGGAAAAGGAGCGCACAACCAACUAUAAGCCUGUCUUUGUAACUGAGAUAACAGAUGAUCUCCACUUCUAUGUACAAGAUGUUGAAACUGGCACUCAGCUGGAAAAAUUAAUGGAGAGUAUGAGGAGUGAGAUAGCGGCUCAUCCACCUAUGGAAGGCUCCUACACACCCCGCCGCGGAGACUAUUGUAUCGCAAAGUUCAUCGACGGAGAAUGGUACAGAGCUCGAGUGGAAAAGGUUGAAUCACCUGCCAAAGUCCAUGUCUUCUAUAUUGAUUACGGCAAUAAAGAGUGUGUGGCAUCUACUCGUCUUGGUGUUCUGCCACCUGCCUUCAGCACACGAGUCCUGCCUGCCCAGGCCACAGAGUAUACUUUUGCAUAUAUCCAGGUGCCACAAGAUGAAGAUGCUAAAGCUGAUGUAAUUGACAGUGUUGUCAGAGACAUUCAGAACACCCAAUGCCUACUAAAUGUUGAAUUUGGAGGACCCAGCUGCUCAUUUGUUACCCUGCAGUUUGCUGAUUCGAAGGAUGAUGUGGGCCUUGGACUGGUCAAGGAGGGGCUUGUCAUGGUGGACGUGCGCAAGGAAAAGCACUUGCAAAAAGUGAUUACAGAAUACCUGAAUGCUCAGGAGGCUGCCAAAUCUGCUCGGUUGAACCUCUGGCGUUAUGGUGAUUUCCGAGCUGAUGAUGCUGACGAAUUUGGGUACAGACGCUAAAGAAUCAGACAUGAUGACGGCGACACACCAACUUCCCUUCUGUCCCUCCUCUCUUACUGCCCUCCCUGUCUACAACAAGAGAGACUUCUGGUACUUCUUUCUCGGUUUCCUCCCUUCAGGCUUUCGGAGUCUCAUUGCACUCGUCCUCUGCACCUUCAGAUGAGCAGUUGGCAGUGCCAGGGGCUGAGAUACUAAUCAUGAUUGGACUAUGAUGUUAAUUUGUGAAAUGAACUGGAAAUGAGUCGCCUGCUUUAAACUGAAAUUCUUUUAUUUCACCUAUUCCUUCUGAAAUGCAGAAUAAAUCAGCACACUUGGUGAUUUUUUUUUCCAUUCAUGUUGGCUUUGAAAAAUAUAUUCUUUGAUUUAAAAAAAAAUUAGUUCAUAAUCACGCAAGACAGGAACCAAGCUGAUCUCGAAUGAGAUCCAGUUAUUCAAAAAGGCUGCUGACAAUAUAGUCACACCUGACUGACGGGUAAUUAAAGCAAGCCUGUUUGAGGGAAAACGCAGGAGCAGAUGUUCCAGGUUGGGACAGAUGGAAUCUUAAAGGGAAAUUGCCAGUGAGACUUACAAAUGUUUCCAAGUUUCAGAACCCUGCAUAUUGCAUCACUUUUUUGAUGUUUUUUUUUCCUGUUAUGCGCUAACAAAUUCCUCUAUAUAACUCGGUGUUGAGUCCAUUUUUAGAAGCAGGUUUAGAAUUUUCUUGAUCAUGGGCCUCCCCAUCACCAGAACCGCCAUAGAAGUUGGUUAACCAGAACAGAACAGAACGGGAAGUGGAGAUACCUGAGUUAAUCUUUAUAAAUGUCUUAAUUAUAUAUUAGCCAAACCGCUAAGUGUUGAAGUCAUUUGUCUGCUCAAGCUUGGACCACAUACAGAUCUAAUACAAAGUACCGAUGGGGUACUUUGAGGGUUCGUGCACAGUCUGCUUAGCAGUCAGUAGCUUAUCUUGAGGAAAACGUGGGUACAGAUAGCUGAUGCAGAGGAAUCUAUAUUAGGAAGCUAUGUGCCUCUCUCUUUCUCUCUUUAUUUUUCUUGUGACUUGAUUGCAAGUGAUCUUUUUCCUUUGUAAUUCUGUAACAAACAGUUCAUGAUUUUUUUUUCCCCACACACCCCUCCCCCCACCCCAUUCCCUUUCCUCAUCUGAUGUUGUCUCUUGUCAUUAUAUUUAAUGCUUACAGUCUCAAUAAAAGUAGCAUUGGCAACACAAAA